CUUUGGGUCAUUUGAUAAAGCUCCUGCUGCACUCAGGACAGCUCUCUUCCUUCCCCUAGCAUUCAAACCAAACUGGGUGCCUGAGACCUGCAUCCAAUCUCACUCAGCACACCGUCUUCAGCUGCCGGGCUCAUGGCUCUACUGUUCACCUUGACGCUCGCCAUCUCAGCCAUUUACAUUGGAUCCUGCCUCUCAGAGGCUCCACCCAAAGUGCGGCUAGUACGAGGUCCUCACCGCUGCGAAGGGCGAGUGGAGGUAGAACGAAAUGGCCAGUGGGGGACUGUGUGUGAUGAUGACUGGGACCUGAAUGAUGUGGCUGUGGUAUGCCGGGAGCUGAAUUGUGGAGCAGCCAAAAAAACCCCAAGUGGUACAUUAUAUAAGCCAGCAGCGCCCACAAAGCAAAAAGUUCUUAUUCAAAGCGUCAGCUGCAGUGGGAUGGAAGACACGCUGACUGAAUGUGAGCAAGAUGAGGAAGUUUUUGAUUGCCUACAUGAAGAAGAUGCCGGGGCACAGUGUGAGAACCCAGACAAUGAUGUCCCUUUCACCCCGGAGAAUGUGCGACUGGUGGAUGGCCCAGGGCACUGCCAGGGCCGAGUGGAGGUGUUACACCAGGGGCAGUGGAGCAGUGUGUGCAAAGCAGGCUGGAACUUGCGGGCCUCGAAGGUGGCUUGCAGGCAGCUGGGAUGUGGGCGGGCACUACUGACCCACAGAGGCUGCAACAAGAUGGCUCAGGGCAAAGGACCCAUCUGGAUGAGCCAGAUGUCAUGUUCUGGACAAGAAGCAACCCUCAGGGACUGCCCUUUUAAGCCCUUGGAGAACAACUGUACCCACAGUGAGGACGCAUGGAUGGAAUGCGAAGAUCCCUUUGAGUUGAAGCUAGUAGGAGGAGACAGCCCCUGCUCUGGGAGGUUGGAGGUGCUACACAAGGGUACAUGGGGCUCUGUCUGUGACGAUGGCUGGGGAGAGAAGGAAGACCAAGUGGUAUGCAAGCAGCUGGGCUGUGGGAUGUCCCUCUUUGCCUCCUUCAAAGCCAGAAAAAGCUAUGGACCCGGGGCUGGCCGCAUCUGGCUGGAUGAUGUUGUAUGUUCGGGGGAAGAGCAGUCCCUGGAGUCCUGCCGGCACAGGCUGUGGGGGUAUCAUGACUGUACCCACAAGGAAGAUGUGGCAGUAAUAUGCUCAGAAAAUAUCCCGGACCUUGAUGUGUAAUCUGGAUCCCUUCCUGACCUGGAUCCCUGCUGCUUGUUCAGUUAGGCCCUGAUUCUCCAAGCGGUUAUAACUGGCCAUGGAUGUUAGCCACUUUUCCCUGAGUCUGAACAACGUGCUCCUAACUAUCACAGGGGUACACUCCUCCACAAUCAUCUCAAGAUACAAGCAGCUGUGUUCCCUUGCUGAAGAAGUGUUUCCAGUUGCCCUAUGCCUUACUUUCUUUUCCCAGACUACCUACAACUCCUGGGCCUCACAUGUGACCUGUUGUACAGGCCAUGAUUAAGGCACAACCCGUCUGUAACCAACGUUGAGGAUGUGGCAGCAAAAGGAGGUCUUGAAAGGGAAUAUGAGUGGACGGUACUUUAGAGAUGGGGAGAGAACAGACUUUUCCGAAUGCUUUUAAAAUUGUAUAGCAAGUAAAGUGAUCAUAAUAAUAAUAUUUCACUACUCUGCUAUCUCUCAGAGAAAGUAGCAGAAUGGUUUCCGUAGCCCUCAAAUGUUGAGUUCUAGAUGUCUACCCAAACCCAUAUGUUUGAAGUUUGGCGUCUGAUGCAGCAGUAUUCUGAGGGAUCUGACUGCACCACCACGUGAUACUGAUCCCUGGGCCCUUAUGAGCGGAUUAAUCACUGGUGAAUCCCACUGGGAGGUGGUAGAAGCUUCAGGAGUUGGGAUCUAGUUGGAGAAAGAUGGCCGCUGGGAUGUACAUUUGGAAGGGGAUAUUUUCUUCACAGCUGAUCCCCUUCCCUUGUUCAAGGACUGACUCUAUAUCUUAGAUAUUGUGAAUUAUACUUCAAUAAACAUGAGUAUGCAAGUA